GACAUCAUGUUGUGUGCACAGGGAAUCGGUGCCCUCGCUCUUUUCCACUGUGUAAUAACAGCGACUGCUCUGAUCGACUCAGAUGAUGUCAUCACGCGAGACGAGCAGAUCUACGUUCUGAUUGGUGCUCACGCCAGGUGUGAAAGGAGCAUCCAGGCACAGAUGGCCCAGGUCAGAGAGGGCGACUGCAUCCCAGAGUGGGACGGGAUCAUUUGCUGGCCACGGAGCAUGGAGGGUCAGCUGGUCUCAGUGCUGUGUCCGGAGUACAUCUACGACUUCAACCACGGAGGACGAGCCUACCGCCAGUGUGAUGCCUCGGGAAACUGGGAGCAGGUGUCCAGCAUCAACCGCACGUGGGCCAACUACACAGAGUGCACCUCAUACCUGAGCUCCAACCACAGGAAGCAAGAAGAGAAGGUGUUUGAGAGACUCCACCUCAUGUACACCGUCGGGUACUCGGUUUCUCUCGCAUCGCUGAUGGUGGCCGUCUCCAUCCUCUGCUACUUCAAGCGCCUCCACUGCACACGCAAUUACAUCCACAUUCACCUCUUCACCUCCUUCAUAUGUCGAGCAGUCAGCAUCUUCGUGAAGGACGCGGUGCUCUACUCCAUCUCCGAUGACAGCCGGGCUGAGCCUGACCUCACUGCACAGAAGCCAAAUAUGGCCGGUUGUAAAGUCGCUGUCACUCUCUUCCUGUAUUUCCUGGCAACCAAUCACUACUGGAUCCUGGUGGAGGGGUUGUACCUACACAGCCUCAUCUUCAUGGCCUUCCUCUCCGACAAGAGCUACCUGUGGGCCCUCACCAUCAUCGGCUGGGGUGUUCCAGCUGUGUUUGUGUCCAUUUGGGUCAGUGCACGAGCUUCGCUGGCCGACACGCAAUGUUGGGACAUCAGUGCCGGGAACCUAAAGUGGAUCUACCAAGUUCCCAUUCUGGCAGCCAUUGUUGUGAAUUUCCUCCUAUUUGUCAACAUAAUCCGAGUUCUGGCCUCUAAACUGUGGGAAACCAACACUGGCAAACUGGAUCCUCGACAGCAGUACCGGAAGCUGCUCAAGUCCACAUUAGUGCUCAUGCCGUUGUUCGGCGUUCACUACAUGGUGUUCAUGGCUCUUCCCUACACUGACGUCACUGGGCUGCUGUGGCAGGUGCAGAUGCAUUAUGAGAUGUUCUUCAACUCCUCCCAGGGCUUCUUUGUUGCAUUUAUCUACUGUUUCUGCAAUGGGGAGGUGCAGGCGGAGGUGAAGAAGGCCUGGCUGAGACGCAGCCUCGCUCAGGACCUCAAACAGAAAACCCGGAUGACCAGCAGCGGCGGUGGAGGCAGCUGUUACUACGGCGGCAUGAUGUCACACACCACCACGCACAGUGUCAGCUUGUCUGCCGUCAACCCCAGAGUGCUUCCCUUCACAGGAGCUGCGUUGGGAUCAGGUGGAGCUGCUGGUGGGGGGUCAGGGGUCAGGCUGCCACGCCACAACUUGCUGCAAACACAAACCACCCAGCUUGGAUUUGUUCCUGGUGACACGGAGACCUCAGGUGUCUUUGCCACGCACGUCAGAACCAGCCAAGGGAACAAUGACUCCAAAAGUCACGCGCUACCUUCGAUCCAAUCGUCUGGAGCUGAAGAUCCAGAAAACUCUUUAACUCUGAAAGAGCUGGAGACCAUCUUGUGA